AUGACCGUUGGUGGCCGCCGCCGUCUGCCUGCUUCUCGGCUGCACUCAGGAGCUCCUGCUAGCUCUGUUAGGCUCAUCAUUUUCGAUUGGGACUCUACUUUAGCGGAGCGUUCAGGCAAACUGGACCGAGGUAAGGUCCUCUACUGGUUGCGAGAGCUGCGCAGGGUUACCAAUGCUACUAUCGGUAUCAUGAGCUACAACACCCAGGGCGUUGCGUCUGAUGACUCUCUCAUUCUUUCCGAGCUGAAGUCUAGUGGUAUACUAGGGGAGUAUGUCCACAAAGAGAAUAUUUGGGGUUACCUCAAUCCUUGUCACUGUCGUGAAGAUCUGGAAAUGCACGAAAACAUGCAUCCUAUCUUCUGUGGUGAUAUAACAUCAAAGGCUCGAGCCAUCGGUCGUAUCGGUCGUUAUGCUGGCUUGAAACCCGAGGAAAUUCUCUACGUAGACGACAGCUACAAGCAAAUCGAGCACGCAAAAGCCCUGGGCGUAUGUCACACAUAUCAAGGAGUGUACAAGAACCUGGCUGGGCUUACUGAGGAGGACUGGAAAGCGAUAAUUGCGUUUCUGAAUGAUCCUGCUGUUGGUCAUCAUCACAAGCUUUGGACGGGGUCUUCCAUGGCUCCAGCUAGCACACUUCGCAAUACCGUCCUAGAACGUGCAUCUGGUUUCAGGACGACCAAACCAGUUACUAAUUCGGUAUCCUCCCAUAUUCCUGUAGUGCCUGUGAGAGUAACGGCCUGACCUCGCUCCUGCGGUGUUAGGUGCUGAAGUAGUGGGCAAUAUGGUCAUCUCACUGCAUGCUAUUCUCUGAGCUAAACCGCUCUAGUCUUAGUAGCAAUUCAUAUACUACAGAUCUUACUAAACUAUUAUUUUCUUUUAUGCUCAUGUAAUGAUAAACACAUUUCUGCAGGCAGGAUUAGAUUCUCGAUCUGAUCUUCGAGAAAUUUAUCCCCAAGCCCCAUUUCUGUUUGGUCGUCGUCGUCCAACUGCAUUUCUGCUUACUAGUCGUUGCACAAUGGAGAUGUUCGCACUAGAUGCCCGCGGAAGCUCUAGUUGGUCGAUGAUGAUC